UCGCAAAUCUUCAUCCCGAUUUUGCGGAUACCGGCGAAGACUCUUCUCCAUGUAGCGCUCCAAUUGGCGUGACGGUGGCCCGGGAAAUCCUGCCUGACACAAGAACAUACAAAAGUUAGACCCUUGUCCACUUUUCUGCCCGGAGAAGCUCUUCUCUCUCCUCACCCUUCAUUGUCGUCGGCAAGGUGAUUUUGGCUUGCUAUCGCAUUCAUCCAACUUGUGCGUGAAUCAUAAUGGAGACCACCUAUGACGAGAAAAAGGCACCUUCGCCUCCCCUUCCCGCUCUCCAAGACAAAGAGCUACAGACAGCAGACUUCCCCCGGGAAGAAACACAAUCCAAAUCCAUCUUAGGGAAAAAGAGUCCUGGCGUCCAACGAGUUGAAGCUAUAUCGAAACACUUUCAAUUUUCAGAUCGGGUCCUAUUCUUCUUUGGGAUCUUCCUACUUGCCUAUGCGUACGGUCUCGAUGGCAUAAUCCGGUUUACUUAUCAAACACAUGCAACAGCCUCAUACAACACACAUAGUUUAUUAGCAACGGUCAACGUACUAAGAAGUGUCAUUGCUGCCGCUGCUCAGCCCACUGCCGCAAAGAUCGCCGACGUCUUCGGGAGAGCUGAAGUGAUAUUCGUCACAAUCGUAUUCUACAUUGUUGGUACAAUUGUUGAAGCAUGCUCAACCGACGUUCAGGCUUUUGCAGGAGGUGCAGUUCUCUACCAGAUUGGUUACACAGGUAUCAUGUUGCUAGUUGAGGUUCUCAUUGCGGACGUCACAUCUCUCCGAUCCCGUCUUAUAUUCUCUUACAUUCCUGCGACCCCGUUCAUCAUCAAUACUUGGGUGUCUGGUGAUAUCACUAGUUCCGUUCUUGGGCAGACAACAUGGCAAUGGGGAAUUGGGAUGUGGGCGAUCAUUUAUCCCGUUUGCGCCAUUCCUCUCCUCCUCUCGCUUUACAUUGUCCACCGGCGUGCGAAAAAGGCUGGUUCCCUCGCCGAUUACAAGAGUCCAUACGAAUUGCUUGGCUUCCGUGGACUGGCGGUUUCCUUAUUCUGGCAACUAGACGUUAUCGGCAUAAUCCUUUUAAUAGGAGUGUUCGCACUCAUUCUCGUCCCCUUUACCCUUGCUGGAGGCGCACAGCUGCAAUGGAGGACCGCCAAAAUCAUUGCGCCUCUUGUCAUCGGGGUCUUGCUUAUUCCGGUUUGGGUUUACUGGGAAAUGAAGUGCAAACAUCCCAUGGUCCCAUUUAGACUGCUAAAGGAUCGUGCGGUAUGGGGUGCUUUGGGACUUGCGGUUGCGCUCAACACCGCUUGGUAUAUGCAAGGAGAUUUCCUAUAUACGAUUCUUGUCGUCGCUUUCGACGAGUCCAUUAAGAGUGCUACACGCAUCACGUCUCUUUACAGCUUCUGCUCCGUCAUCACGGGAUGUAUUACCGGUUUAGUUGUAUUCAAGGUCCGCCGACUCAAACCGUUUAUCGUCGCUGGAACGAUACUGUUCCUCGUCGCUUUUGGCUUGCUCAUUCAUUAUCGUGGUGGGACUGGCUCAGCUAGCCAUUCUGGUAUUGUUGGUGCUCAAGUUCUUCUUGGAAUAGCUGGUGGAUUGUUCCCCUAUCCAGCUCAGGCCAGUAUCCAGGCCGCAACCAAACACGAACACGUCGCCGUUAUCACUGGAUUAUACCUCGCUUGCUACUACAUUGGCUCUGCAAUCGGAAAUUCCAUCUCCGGCGCCUUAUGGAACCAAGUCCUCCCCAAGACCCUAGAAACUAGACUCGGCAAUGCCACCCUGGCAGCGGAGAUUUAUGGGGACCCUCUGAAAUGGGCCAAUGCCAACCCCGUAGGAACGCCUGACAGAGACAUUGUGAUUGAGGCAUACCGACACAUCCAACGGCUCCUAUGUAUCACUGGCAUUUGCCUAUCGGUGCUAAUCAUUUCUUUCGCGCUGGUUCUGCGCGAUCCGAUCUUGACAAAUGAGCAGAGUCUUGCAAAUGCGGAGAAGUAUGAUGGCGAGACUUCUAGCUCCGAAGAUGCGGAUAAUUGAACGAAAAAGAAAAAGUACUCUGUGUACCCUUUUUUUUUUUUUUUUCUUUUGCCCUUUGAUAUCGACAAUUGAUAACAGUGGUCGACCCACACAUGCUCCAACAUGGGGGUUUCAGGCUAUAAGUGCUUGAAGGAGUUAGUGCUGUUUAUCCAGGCAAUAUUGCUUUUUUGUUUGCUUCGGAUGAUUAUGAUUAUAAUUCUGGAGGGCUCAAAUGCCAUUAUAUUCAGGUAACCAGGGCAUGAGUUUGAUCGACUCAUUUAUUAGUAGGUCAGUACAGAGUUCAUCUCUGUAGUUACAAUUAAAGUAGAUUGGUAUUUGUUUCUUGA